CCCUUUCCAUAACAUGGCGACGCCCUUGUAGAUCUUUCUGGCUCAGAAAUUUUAUUAAAGUAAAGUUUGCAAACAUUUUGCUUAUAAAUUAUACAAUUUAAAUCAAAUGAUAUUCCUGAAUAAGUAUUUUGCCAGUUAUAUUUUGUAACAAUUAGGAUCAUUUACACUUAAUCUAAAUUGAUAUUUAGUUAAAAGAAAUUGUUGUAACUUUGUAAUUGUACUCUGACUGUAGAGUGUAGUCUGACUCUUGACUGUCCAAUAAAGUUGAGUGAUCCAACUAAUACUGCCAACUAAUAAAUCACAGUAAUCUACCACUUGAGCGUCGGCCAAGAAAAAAUCCAGUUUUUCCCAUUGGAAGGGCUAUGUAAACAACUAUUCUUACAUUGGAGUCUGUUGUUAAUAUUUUUGCUUCCGUAUAGUCUAGAGGCUAUAAAGUUAUAUAGCACAAUACAAAUACAUUUAAAUACUUAUUACUGCCAAGCUACCGAUAUGCCCGGAAGAAAAAGAGACAACAAUUUUUUUUUUAUCCAGAUGACGCGGAUGUCCACACACAGAAUGUGGAAAUGUGAAUGCUCAGAAAGCAUAAACUGAAAAGACAGUUUGGCACAAGAAGCGCCGGUGAUCUUUCCCCUUCAUAUUUACGUGGAUUCAUGUACCUUAAACGUUUUCGUGGAAAUUAUAUUUUUUUUAAACUUCAUUGUCAACUUGGGGGAUAACUAUGCAUAAUUCCAUUUUCACACAUUAUCUUCUAUUUCAAAUUUUUUAAAAUAGUUUUUCUAUUUUAAAAUUUCAAAAAAAUUGUCUAUUAUAAUGGGAAUGAAUACGUACAACCAAUGUCAUUAAAAAUAAUAUAAGAAUAGUUGUUUAAAUAGCCCUUCCAACCUGAACAGCUGGAUUUUUUCUUGGCCGACGCUCAAGUGGUAAGUUACCUUAAUCACUUUCCUCCUCUUGCAUAUUGACUUACUUAGUAAGGUUUCAGCAGUCUGACGUAACUUUAAAAACUGUGUCCCCAAAAAAAUUUGCAAUGAAUAAAAUAACACUAAAUUAAAAACAUUAUUUACUUGUUCUUACAACAUAAUAAUUAAUGGCCAAUUCAGAGAAACAAAAAAAAACAACAAAAUUUUUUUUUAAAUGGAUCAUCUUACCCAUGGAACAGAAGCAAUGGAAAUGGGGUACAUACAUUAUACAUACUAUACAGUAGGCACUUUGAUGAGAUCCGGGAAUUGCUGAAAACCGGCUAUCGUUUCGUUAUCAAAAUGGCGACCUCCACUUUUUAAUUUACAGAGAGCCUCGUUGUUUACGAUUUUUUUGUUAAUUAUAGCCCAGCAUGCCCAUUUUAUUUCCGCCCACAACUUUGAGUAGACAUGUUGUUUUAUGAUUAGACACUUUUUUUCUAAAAAAUAUUUGAGGUCUUAACUAUGAAAAUUGAAGGUGCUUAUUUUAAUCAUUCAUAUUUUUUUUUUUUGGAAAGGGUGUCUUUCUUAAAUAAAAAGACGUCGAUUGAUAAUAGCGUAAAUUACAACAUAUAAAAAAUUCAAGUUGUUCAAUAAUGGUAAAAAAAUACCUACCAAAUUUUUGUCAUGUGGGUCCCAAAAUGACCUAUUAUUAUUAUCAAUAACGAUUUUUAUGAAAAAAAUAUAUGAAAAAAAAAAAAUAACUUGUUUACACUGGAAAUCCAGCUUAUUACUCCAUAAUAACUUAUAACUCAUUCAAAAACAAAAAUAGAUAAUUUAAUAACACUGAUACUUAUUUUAACAACAUAAAUAUAUAUUUUUAACUUGUUUUGAUGCUUGUAUUGAGGGGUAUUGACUAGGGUAGUGGGUUAAACUGAAAUUAUUAGCCUCAUUAUUAUUAUAAUUAAUAUAUUAAAUAUAACGGUUUAUAUAUAUAUCUACAGGCCUAGAAAAGUAUAGUAUUUUAAGUAUGGCCUAGCCCCACCCCAACUCAUUAUUUGUGGGACACAUUAUUUAUUUUUAAUGAUAUUUUAAUGAAUAUUAUGAUUUUUAAUGCAUAUAGUAAGCAAAAAUUGUAAGAAAAGUAGUUUAAUCACAUAUCACAAUAUUUCACAAGAGAAUUAUUACAUAAUCCUUGGUAUUUUCAAAGAGAAAACACACUUUCUGCCACAAUAGUCCAAGAAUUACUUAAAAGUUAUUAUUAAAGAACAAUCACAAAAACUCAUACUUACCUCAAGCAAAUGACUAGUAAUUAUUUUAGUUUGUAUUAACCACCAAAGUUGAUUCUAUCUAAAGAAUAUUAUUAUUAUUAUGAUUUUAUGUAAAUUAACAAAAAAAAUUUAAACAAAAUUCAAAUAAGCGACGAGUCAGCAUACUUUAUACAUUUUUAAAAGGACGAAAAUAAAGAUUUGUAAAAAAAAAUUUUGCGGAAUAUUAACAAAAACUAACUUAUAUUUUGUGGCUUUAUUUAGAAGUACUCUUAAUUAACUAUGUUUCCUGUAAAUAUUAUAUUUUUGUCCCAUUUUAAAAUAAAGUUAUAGGCGUUAAAAAAAAAGAAGCAAAUUGAGGGUCACCAAAUGUGGAGGAAAAUCCCAUAGUAAAAAAGUGCCUUUGAGGUCCCUACUAAAAAAAUCAUAACUUUUUAACCACUUGAGCUAGAAAGUUGAUCUUGGUGUUUUUGUCAUCUACUCUCCAGGCUCUAUACAGCUGUGGUUUUAUAUUUUUAAAUAUGUUUUGAAAUUUUCAUCAAAGUGCCUACUAUUACUAAACUGUUAUGUUUAAUUCCAUCGUAAAUGAUGUAAUUUUCAGAAAAACAAUUUUCAUUUUGCAUCCACAGUUCACUAGGCCUAGGCAUAUAUCAAAUAUAUAUAAAUGAAAAAUGCCAUUUAUUAAGCGUGACUAAUUUAAUUACCGGUACCGGUAUACGUGGCUUUAUUAGGUCUUAAGUUGGUAGACUAUUAAAAACAAUAGCUAUUCUAAAUGUAUAUUAAGAAUUAAAAGAAAGAAAAAUUUUGAAGCAUCUUUUUGAUUGAUUUCCUCUAAAAUCUGCUUAAAUUGAUAUAUAUUUUUUCCAAACUACUUAUCUAGUUUUUACUUUUCGAAGGAAAGCCUUUAAAAACUACAUCGUUAGAAAGCACAUUUUAAACACAAAGGUCAAAGGACUAAAGACAAAAUAAUGUAACUGACGUAAAACUAAUGUAACAUGUCUAAAUGCAAGCAGUCAAAAAUAAAAUAACAAAGUCCACUCUUCUACAAAAUUACAAAUACUUCAAUUUAGCCAUUAUAUUGUACUUAAUUAGACAUAAAUAACAGUGUUUUAAUGCUUGUUCGGAUGGAUGGGACUUGUUAACCUUGGAUGGUAACUCAUCUAAGAGAAGGAAAACUCUGAUUUCAAACCCAGAGAUGGAGUGCCAUAGGUGGUAUGACAUUGAAACAAGGAAAAUUCCGGCAACUCCUGUGAUGCUACUGGUGCCAAGCUGUAUCAUUGUAUCAUUCACACAUGAUGUUCCCUUGGGUUAUCCAGAUGGGUGGCGAGCAGAUACUUGAUGUCUAGGGACCCAGCUUAUCCUCUUUAAAAAAUACAAAGUCUUGUGAUUUUGUCCUGCAAAGUGACAAACAAAUGCUGGUGCCACGCCCCCCCCCCCCCCCCCCCCCCCCCCCCCCCCCCCUACUCGCCCAUCAAGGGACAUACCAAUGAAAAUUGUCUCUCUAUAUUUUCUAGAUUUAAACAAUAGUUGUUUUUUUUUAGAAUUCAAAUAAAAUUAGCAGACAAGAUGUUUGUAAUUCAGGAUGGCCACUGGGGCUUGGGUCACACAAAACAAAGAUGCUAAAAUUUACUCCAUAACAAGAUGAAUUAAAAAAUAAUCUAUAGAAGCACCAAAUGUUAUGCAAUUUAAUUUUUAGAUGCUGUGUCCACUUUUACAUGGAAUUCACCUUCUCUAAUAUUAUACAUCUACUUAGUCUACUAUUGAAUCCGUUGCUUCUAACACUACAUUAACUUUGAUACAUAAUCAGUUUAAUUAAAUUUACAAGUUAAGGACUCAUUACGGUAACUCACUUAUUUUCUACUCUGAAUUGUGUGUGAAAGACCCUAAUUGUAUUGGAGUAUUUUGCAUUCAUUUGGUUUCCAAACUCAAUAUAACUGCUCAACAUAUUUUUUAAAAAUUUGGCUACACCACCCACUUCCCCACCCCCGUGCCAUAAAAAAAUAAAAAGCCAUAGGCUGUCUUAAAGGCUAACUGGCUAAAGAAAAAAACUUUUUUGUGCGUCCCCUCUCACAAUUUUUGUAAAUAAAAACUGUGGGGGGAAUGCAUUCUCAUUUUAUUUAUUGAGUUGAGUGUUAGUUGACUUAUUGAAUAAUUUAUUCCCUUUGUUUAAUUUGGCAAAUAGAACGCACUCAGAAACUUGCUAAAUUAUAAAAGCCAAAUGAUGCUCUUGCCUAUCUUAAAUUUUAUAGUUAGUUAUAGACAUUUUAUCAUUUUUUUUUUAAAGACUAAACUUUAAAAUAUGUAAACGAAUAAGUACAGUUACUUAAGAUAAAAUGCAAAGACUGGCUGUUAGCUGUACAGAUUUUAGAGUCAUUUACUCAUUUACCUCACUUGUCUGUAAGUUGUCAGAAAUAUUUAUUUUGAGGACAAAUGUCCUAAAUAAUUGUUAACUGCUGUGAAAAACCUUUACACAUACACUAGUCAGUUUAAAAAAUGUCCGUAAAGUGUUUAAACAACUUAUAAGUACCGGGUAUACAUCAUUUUUGUAAAUCUUUAUAAACUGUUUUUAAUAAUAUCAGAUGCUUUUCUUUUUUUUUUUAUUGAGAUAAAAAUUCAAAUUUUCUUGUUUCAGAAGUGAAUCAAGACACAGCUGUGAAAAUACAUUAAACUGGAAAAUGAGAGGUUUAGCAUUUUCCAAAAUAUGUACAGAAUUUAUAAAUAUUUCCAGUGAGAUUUCAAGAACAUUGAUGACCAAUCGCAGCAUGCAAUCUUUUCACCCAUCCUUAAUGAGUUUUGGAGCUAGUUCUUUUUUGCCUGGUAGUGGAAAGCAAAUGAAUUCAAAUAAAGUUUCUGCUUCCAGUAAUGACAGUUCAAAAUAUUUUUCACCUCUGUUCAAGUGUGGAAGCUUCAGUGCAGGUCCAAUUUUAGGUGUGAGUGUUGGCCCCUCAUACACUCAGAUUCGAGGGUAUCAAAAUGUGAUGAGACCACGAUUAAUCUGUGAAGGGUGCUAUUUUGUCUGGCGUCAUGGCAGGAAGCAUGUUGAAUGCAGUGACUUCCCACGACACAAGCAAACCAAGAAGCUUUCCCCUAGAAAAAUUUGGAAAGAAGAUUAUACUAUUGGUAAAAUUGUGAAGGCAAUGGACUGGAACCGUAAAAUUCAUCGUCAGUUUGAUCGCCAUGUGGACAGAACUGUUAUGUCUCAUAACUGGCUGGCAGAUAAACUUGGCAAAGAAAUUUAGCUAAUCACUUUUCAAUAAAAUGGUUUUAUUUAAGUUUUGAAUUUGUUUUAUAUUUUGCAGAUUUGUAUGCUCAUCAGUUUUUUUUACUCAUACUUGACUUCUUGAUACAACUUUAGACUUCCAUUAGAUUAGUAAAGGGGCACAUUCUAUGGUUACCAUAGUUAAAUCAAGAGCUUUGGUUGAACAUUUAUUGUAAGUGUUAGGCUAAUCACUAUUGAAAUGGAAGAUUUGAGCAUAUGAUGUUUAAAGGAAUGUAUUUUAUCCCUGAUGAUACCUCUUACAGAGAUUUUAGGACAUUUCCCACAAUUUCUUCAAACCUGAGUUGUAUUCACCUUACCGUUUCCAAACUCUAGGUCUAGGACUUAAGAAAAGUGAUAUCACUUGAUACUUUGUUCAAUAAUUUGAAAUUACAAGCAAAUAUACUAAUACUAUGUAAUAUUAUUAAAUGUUCUAAGGCAGAAGUAAAGAGCAUUUUUCUCUCGACCUUAUUCU